UCCAUAACAACCGUCGUAGAAACCGGAAGUGGCGUAAAUCGGAGACGCUGAGAUUUUGAAUCAAACGAAGCGCUGCAGCGCUUCUCAAGGUACCUGAAGAAAAAACUAAGUGUAAAUGUUCCGUCCUCGUCGCGUUUAUGCACAUACGGUACUGACGUGAUGUUGUAUUAUAAGGAACAAAAAUAUCUGGAGAACUUUGCACCGACUUCCUUUCAGUGUUUCUUGUUUGCUUGCAUCCGCUGCAGUGAUUUUGUUGGAUUUCGAUUGACUGCAAGCUCCAAGAACGUCAAAAUAACAUCCUGUUUACUUACGGGGAUGUAAUUUAAUGUUCCAUCAGUACUCGACAACUCUGAUUGAUAGUUAAUCUAAUUUUUUUCGAGUAAUCAGGACAUCAUGAACAAAAAUGAGGUAUCGUUGGAAAAGCUGAACUCUGAAUUGAACCAUUUUGUUCUGGAGAUGAAACCAUAUGUCCUCAAACACCCCAACAAUACUGAGCGCCAGCACUGUGCCUUGUGGAUCAAGAAGCUGUGCGACCCAGCAACACGCGGCUCAAGUCUCGCAGGUCACAAGAACCGCAAUCUGCAUGCCCGUUUGCUUCUUCACAUGCUCAAAAGAGGCGUCCUGGAAGGGCCGUUUGCCAGCAAACCACAGCAUGGGAGCCUCAAGAACCUUCCCACCUACAUGUCCAUUUACUUUGAUGAGCCACUGAUUGGUGGGUCAGAAGACCACAGCAAAGUGACUCUGCCCGACUGGGUGAUGGGAGAGCUGGAUGACGAGGACAGUUUGGCUGCCGUCUUACUGAAAGAUGGAACCACUUCCACCCCAAACACGGCUUUGACUAGAGCCCGCCAUCUGAAUAAGGAGAAGACCCCACGAGGAGCGCGCGCCUCCAGCUCACUCAAGCCUUCACCCACACAUGAAGCCAGAGCGGUGGAUGCGGAGCAGAUGUCUCCCGAUGACGGUGACCUGGAGGCUCGGCUCAACAGCUGGAACCUGGGGAUUGAGAAGCCGGGGUACUUGCGAAGAAAGACCUCGUCUACGAUUUUCAAGUCCGGCCUUAUUAGGAGUCACACCUUGCCUGAUGAUGUGGACCUGCAGCUGCAGAGCCAGGAGGUUGACAUGAGAGUGAAAGUGUUGGAGUGCAAGCAUCAGGAGGAGAAAGUGAAAAUGCAGCAGCGACAUGACGCAGAUGUUGACAAAAUCCUGCACCAAAGGAAUGUGGAGAUUGACGAGCUGAAGAGUCGUUAUCGGGCCCAGCAGAAGGAAUCUGAGGAGAUGAUCCACAAACUGGAGUGGAAAGUUCAAAGUGUACUGAAAGAAUCCCAGGUCAUCUGCGAGAGCAAAGACAAGCAGAUUGCUGAGCUGAAGAAGAUGACGGAUCAGAGCGUCGACUGCUUGAAAAAUGAGUGGGAGAAGAAGCUGCUUGCGGCAGUGGCCGAUGUGGAGAAGGAGAAAUUUGAGUUGCAGAAGCAGCACACCGACAACAUCCAGGAACUGCUGGAGAGCACCAAGAUGAGGCUGGCUAAGAUGGAGGCCGAAUAUAACACUCGCUCGCAAUCCACUGUGCAAAUGGUGCGUGAGCUGGAACGGCAAGUGAAAGAGCAGUGUGCCCAAGUGGAGAAGAGCAAAGCGUCGCUUCAGAAGGCAAUGCAGGAGAAGGCUGAGCUGGAGAUCCACCUUGCGGCCGCCAGUGCUGAACUGCAGGAGGCCAACAGAAGAUUGGCGGUCCUUCAGACAGAGAAGGAUGAGCAGCGCAUUUUGUUUGAGGAGACCUUGCAGAAGUUCCAAGCCAAACACGAGGCAGACCUUAACCAUUUACAUCAGGAGCACGCGCUGUCUGUAGCUAAGGCCUCCGAGGUGAUGGAGGAUUUUGAGAAAACUAUUGCUCAGCUCAAACAGCAGCUACUGGUCAGUGAACAUCAGCGACAGACACAAGUUAGGGAUCAGGUUUUGAAGUUCCAGAAGGAAAAAGAAGAACUACAGAUCCUCCUUGACAAAAAGGUGCUGGCACUGCAAAAUGAGGCGGAGAAAGAGAGGACACAGGCCAAGAAGCAGAUGACCAAACUCGAGGAUGCACUCAGAGACACGGAGAACCAGCUGGAUCGAAGCCGGGAGAGCCACAGGGUGCACCUCCAAGAGGCCGACAUGGCGCUGGAGCAGUUGAGGAGGCAGGUCAAGCUUAGCUCCGAGAAGGCCGAGGCCCAACUCAAACUCCAGAUGGAGAAGGUGCAGGAGGACCUGCAGCACUCCAGGUGCCUUCGUGAGAAUCAAUCCAAGGAGUUCUCGCAGCAACUCGACGCCCUAAGACAAAAAUACGAGCAGCAGAUGGCUGAGCAGCGCGUGCAGCACGAGCAGGAGAGGACGCGCCUGCACCAGCAGCAUUGCGCCGAAAAGGACAGCCUUGUCCAGCAGCGCCAGCGGGAGGUGAGCAGCCUGGAGAGCCAGGCCAAGGCCGCCCUGCAGACGCACCAGCAGCGCACCCAGGAGUGGAGGAAGCGUGAUGGCCAGACCAUUUCAGAGUUGGAGGGCCAGUUGUCGCGUCUGCGCGAGAAGUUCCAGGUGGCCCGCGGCCAGCACGAGCAGCAGCUGGCCGAGAUGGCCGCGCUCCGCGAGGAGGAAAGGCAAAAGGCGAACCUGGACAAAGAGACGCUCCGUUCCGACAUGGAACGUGCCCUCCGUGAUCUUCAGAGAAGCCACCAGCAGGAGAAGGAAAUGGCAGAGGACAAGACAAACAGCCGGUUCAAGCACAUUGAAAAGGAGUACAGUCAGACACUUGCUCGGUCCGCACAGAUUAUUGUUGAGCUGCAACACUCUGUGUGCAGCUCUAAAGAAGAAGCUGUUGGUUUGCAGCAGACGAUGAAGAGGCAACAGGAAGAGGCCAACAAUCGAUGGACGCAAGAGAAGACAAAUAUGACCCAGCGGGCCAACCAGGCCAACGAGGUCGCCCGCCAUUUGAAACCAGUUGAUGAGGGAUGAGAAUGUGGAGCUGCAGCAAAGUGGAGACUGUGGAGGAUAGGGACUGCAUCCGCACCUAAGACACAGCAACAGGCUUUUUUCUCUGUCUCAUUUGCAGACGAGUAUCAGUUGUUUGAAGCCGAGUAAGUACUGUGCAGUGGACAAAGUGUUUUCUUCUCACAUUGCAGAUGUUCUGCAACUCUUCUUCUGUACUAUUUACCUUCUUCCCGCCACCCCCCACCCCCUUCUUCUCCCCCCCAGCCCCUCUUGCAUUCUCUUCUCUUUGCAGUUUUCUCUGAGGAAAUCAGAUCCUCCUGCCUCUUCCCGGGCUUUUUCAGAAAGAUCCUGCAUGGCAGAUAAAGGCCGUAUCGCUUAGGGAGCAUCUGGACACACUUAACCACAACCCUCCACACACACACACACACACACACACACACGCACACACACACGUAGACUGAAUUUUAAAAAACAUUUGAAUAUUUGUGACUUUCAUGUCAGUGUGAAAUCAGUAAUUCCAUGAUUACAAACCAAACACAAUACACGUUUUUAAAAAACCAAACUCGGCUGCGUUUAUGGGAAAGGUUGCUAUGGAAACAGACACAACACAUUUAGUAGUAUCUAUAGUGUGUUCUUCUGAUCUUUUUUUAUGUGUCUUUUAUUGGACUGAAUAUGAUCUGUGGGUGUUUUUGCCAUGUACACCAUGACUAUCUAUCACGCCUGUCUGCCGUUGCGGCUAAACAUUCUUUACAUGAUUCAUCAAGGGACCGAUUUUGAGUCCCGAUUAGUCCCUAUUAUUGUAAUGACUUCAACCCUCAGAGAUGCGUUUGAAGAGCAUACAUACAGAAGCCACAUGAGAGACAAAACGUGACACCACCAAGGCCUACUCCAAAGUCUGGCUUCCCAGAAGACCUUCCAAAAAAUGCUGUGUCACAUUUGCGGGAAUCACAAGUGGGUUUUAUUGUAAAGAUGUUGUGGCCUCGGGGGCCCGAGGGCGGGGGCGUUGUUGUUGGCCCGUCACGCUUGCUCGUCGUCUUCCGGUACAACAGGGAUCCGUGUUGGGUUUAGGGUCCCACCGGAUACUCUGCAUAGUUUCCUGUCAACUCCCAAGUUGAUUUAUUCGUCUGGCAUCGUGACGUGACCCAGCGGUUACUAGUGGAAAAACAGUCCACGCGCUGAGCGGGAUUGGUCGGCGGUAGCCGUCAGUCGGUCGGUGCCACUCAUUUUACCCGAAAAGAUGUGACUUAAUAAUAAUAAUAAUAAUACAUUUCAUUUAUAACCUGUGUGGAGAUGGGCCCUGAGCAAACGUUACUUCGGAGCAGACUUUCCUAGCCUUCAUUCCGCCUGACACUUGAAUACUUCUUCUCUUGUACCUGUUUAUGUGGUCCACGGUGGCUACCGCCCUACCCACUAUUGAGGAACCAAGACAAGGGCACGGAAAAUCCUACCGGACCCCCGGCACCCUGCCCACCACCUUUUCCACCUAUUCCCCUCAGGCAAGCGCUACCGAUCCAUGCGCACCAAAUCCAGCAGACACUCAAACACCUUCUUCCCUCUAGCCAUUAACUCCCUAAACAGUAACGCAAAUCUACCUGUACAGUGGCUCUUUGCAAUUUUGCACAAACCUGUGGAACAGCAUUACUGCUAUAAUCAUUGUAGCUCCAGCUCUGUACUCAUUUGAACCACUGUCACUGAUCUAUAUCCCACAGUACCAGGCACUUUAAAGCGCUCAAGGACAUCCGCACAGUUGCAAACGUUGGACUACAAAUACUGCCACUGGCACCAACUGCACAACUGUUGUAGUAUUGUAUUCUACCACUGAUCACUUGCUUGAUAUCUGCUUGAUACUUUGCACAUUGCCUCACGGCUGUCAUUGGGUGGUUCCACCGCACAACCGUACGCUGACAUUACAUACUUAUUUGUUGUGUCCUUGUUUAUGAUGAUACUAAUGCAGCCUGUAAUACCGGAGACAAAUUCCUUGUUUGUUCUACAUACUAGCCCAGGGGUGGUCAAUCCGCGGCUCGCGAGCCGCAUGCUGCUCUUUGGCUGGUUCAAUGCGGCUCCCGGGCUUUCACAUGACAAGCGUUGAAAACGCCUCGGCAGUGGCGAUGCCAUUCAAACAAAAGCGCUAAAUACACACAACGUACUAUGGCAGCCGAUCAUCAAUCCCGUUAUUUGAUUAACAUAGAGGGCAACCAACCAGAUGACUGCAUCACCGCUCAUGCGCAAACGGUGCUAAGCGCUAAGCUAGUCAGUGAAUUACCUCUGAUUUUAAGGCAGGGGUGCCCAAUACGUCGAACGCAAUCGACCGUGAGCCAGCGAAGUGGUCCCAAGUC